AUGUAUUCAGCAUGUUCCACUCGGGAUCCUUACAGCAUUGAAAAACGUCCUACAUUUGGGCAGUGGGUCAAGCUCGCAUGGCUAGACAUGCUGACAAUACUCGUCGUUGGAGCUUUGGCAUUUCCUGUCUAUUACUUUGCUAAUCCAUUCGGUCCACGCGUGUUCCCACUAGAUUUUCGAUUGGAACCAAAUGGUACAAUCUCGCCCUCCUCCACGACCUCGGUCAUACCUCUUAGCUUUGCGUACCCAGCUCAGACGCGAAUGGUCAGCAACUGGCUGAUAGCUGUAAUUGCCGUGCUUGUUCCGACUUUCCUCAUCACGCUGAUGCAAUUCUGGAUCCGAAACUUUUGGGACUUCAAUAAUGCCCUGGUCGGAUUUUUCUACGCCAUCCUAACGUCCGCCGCGUUCCAAGGCACCGUGAAAGCUUUUGUGGGAGGACUAAGACCUAAUUUCUACGACACUUGUAAGCCUGACAGCGAAAGAGCAAAGACAAACAACAAAACUCAUCUGAACGGUAUUGGGUUUCGCGGUGACAUGUGGAGUACAGAUGUUUGCACUGAAAGUGAUAAUCAACUUCUUCGAGAUGCCAUUCAUGGCUUUCCCAGCGGCCAUUCGACAACCAUGGUAGCGGCAAUGGUAUAUCUCUGCCUAUAUCUUAACGCCAAGCUAAAGGUAUUCGCCAACUAUCACACACCCUUAUGGAAACUCAUCGCCCUCGCCCUGCCCAUCCUAGGCGCUGUACUGCUAUGUGGGUCGCUCACCAUUGACAAUACGCAUAGCUGGUACGACAUAGUCGCUGGCGCUAUUAUUGGAAUUGCGUUCUCAUUUGCCUCUUUCCGAAUGGUUUACCCCAGCAUUUUCGACUGGCGGAUCAACCAUAUCCCACUUAACCGUAAUUCGCCCUUCGAUGGGCAGUCGAGACCGGACUUGGUCGCCACGACGCGUGCUGGAUGGCGUUCCCCGGCGGUGGAGAAUGAUGCUACACCUGCACAUGGUCCGAUUCAUGACGGACUUGAAGGGGAUAAUGGCGUCGAAUCUAACACCCCAAACAGACCGCCUGAUCUCUACCUAGGAUUAGGCACAGCGCAUCAAAGAGCUACACCAAGAGAAUAG